UAGUUAAAAGGCCCGUAAAAUUUUAGAACAAAAAUGAGCUGAGUUAUGCGAGCCCAAAAAGACACAGAAAAAACAGAGGGGGAAUGUAUCGAUAUAGCCGUUGGGGAUGGCAACUGAAAAGAAGGCAUUCCGAGAGGAAGCUGCUUUUGGGAUUUCCCUUCUGCUACAGCACUCCCACGUCGCCGGAGAAUGAGAAACCGGCCUCACCGGGACCUCCUCCGAUUCGAGUCUCGAUCACCGAAAUGGCAGGGCGAGGCGUGUUCGCGACUCGGAGGAUCGGAAGCGGAGAUCUCAUCCACACAGCGAAGCCUCUCGUAUCUCAUCCUUCGCUCUCCAGUAUUCAUAGCGUCUGUUACUUUUGCCUCAGAAAACUCAAACCUGUAACCUCUUCUGAAGAUUGCAAUGUUCGAUUUUGUAGCUACGAAUGCGAAGAACAAUCCAAGGUUUUUGUCGCAGUCGAGAGGAAAGCAGAUUGGUCAGCUUAUGAUGACUACUGUAGAACUCGAGGUUUGAAAUACCCACUUCUUGUGAAGCGCUUGGCUUGUAUGGUUGUAUCAGGAGUGGCAUCAGCAGACUGUCUUGACAUACUUCAACCUGCAAGUUUAUCAUCUGAGAUGAUUUCAGAGAUGGGAGAGGGGUUUAGCUUGUUGCAGAGUGCCUUCAUGAAGGCAAAAGCCAGAGAUGAAUGCAUGGCAUUUCUGACCGAGCAAUGGUACAUUAACGUGCUGGCACGGUUUCGUAUUAAUGCAUUUCGCAUUGAAUUGGCUGGAGGGUCAUAUGAAGAUCUUCAUUCAUUAGCAGCAGCUUCUGUAGAAACCGAAGCUGCUGUUGGCAAUGCUGUCUAUAUGCUUCCAUCUUUCUAUAAUCAUGACUGUGUGGAUCCAUGCAAUGAGAAACAAAAUGAAAUGACUAUUAUCUUUGCAGAACCAGACCCAUCUCUCAUGGAUCCGAAUGCACAUAUCAUAUGGAUAGAUAACGUGAAUGCAAGAUUGAAAGCUCUCCGUGAAAUUGAAGCAGGUGAAGAACUCCGAAUCUGCUACAUCGACGCAAGUAUGGAUCAUGAUGCUCGUCAAACCAUCUUGUUCCAAGGGUUUGGUUUUAGGUGCAGUUGCCUUCGUUGUUCUUUUGGUGAUUAAAAAUGCAUCUUGAUUUACAAAACCCACCGAGACGAAUCGCCACCCCUAUCAUAAUAUCAUGGUAAAUCAAAUCAGAGAAUUGGAAUUCUUUCCUUUAACGUAAAAAGAGAUUAUAUUUAGUAUUACAUGCUAGAAUUAAAGAAAUAAUUGUGGGAAUCAUCAACCAAAUUAUAACGAAAAGAUAUUGCAGAAAAUAUCCCAAUAUUUGGCCCAGGAGAAUCAGGCAUAACCGAAUGGAUGUAUGAUGUAUCAACUGCACCCACUUGUUAUUUUAAUAUCAAGUAAAAAGAGUCGACCAGAUUCAUGCA